CCGUCACAAAAAUAAAAAUAUGGCGAAAGUGAUUUCUACGGCGACGGCGACGUGUUGACUGUCUUUCUCGGCUUUUGUAGUUCUAUCUGGGUACCCUUCGGUUAAAUGACCGCGGAAAAGUAGUUGUUCAUGAAAAGUGUAAACAUUGGAUUGUGAAUAGCCGCGAAUAAAAGGGAGAUACGGAAAAGUGCGUGCGAAAAUCGACAAUUCCUCGCCGACCACGGCUGACGGGUGACAGCUCCUAACAAGUUCGAGAACUCGCGCGACAUUAAAAACUGGGUUUCGCCUGGGUUUAAUUUUCCAUUCGUCGGAAAGGUGUUUAUAUCGUUUUUAUAUUAAAAUUAAGUGAAUUUCAAGCAGCCUAUAAAAUGGAGGCUAUUGCCAAACAUGAUUUUACAGCCACCGCCGACGACGAGCUGAGCUUCAAAAAGUCACAAGUUCUGAAGAUUCUGAAUAUGGAAGAUGACAUGAAUUGGUACCGCGCUGAAUUAGAUGGCAAAGAAGGACUGAUCCCUAGUAAUUAUAUUGAAAUGAAAAAUCAUGACUGGUAUUAUGGUAGAAUAACGAGAGCCGACGCCGAAAAAUUACUGUCAAAUAAACCUGAAGGUUCUUUCUUAAUCCGAAUAAGUGAAUCGAGUCCUGGUGACUUUUCAUUGUCGGUGAAAUGUCCCGAUGGUGUGCAACAUUUCAAAGUUCUUAGGGAUGCACAUGGUAAAUUUUUCCUUUGGGUUGUGAAAUUCAAUUCACUUAAUGAAUUAGUAGACUAUCAUCGGAAUGCUAGCGUAUCACGAUCACAGGAUGUUAAAUUACGUGAUAUGGUCCCUGAAGAGAUAUUGGUGCAAGCCUUAUAUGAUUUCGAGCCACAAGAAUCUGGAGAAUUGGACUUCCGGCGAGGCGAUGUAAUUACUGUAACAGAUCGUUCCGACGAGCACUGGUGGAAUGGUGAAAUUGGCAAUCGCAAAGGAUUAUUCCCAGCAACAUAUGUUGCGCCAUACCAUUCAUAAUAGAAACACUAAACAUGCUUAAACAUUUAUUUCUUUUAUCUUUUGUCGAUAUGAGUUGUGGCUAAAGUCUCUACAUAAUGAAAGUAAGGAAGAAGGAAUACAAGUUCGGAUAAAGUGGACAAAAAAAAUGAACUUAAUGCGAAGCAGAAAGAUAAUAUUGUUUAUGUAAAACACGUGAAAAACACAAUACUAACAAACAUGAUACAAAACAAAAAAGCCUUUUGCACUGAUUUUGAAAAUGUUUGCUUUGUGUUUUCGAUUUUAUUUCAAGUUUUUUUCAGAACGACACAAACACAAACAAUUUAUAUUGAUAAUUUCUAUUUUAAUAUUAUAAUCAAACAAUAUAUUUUAUGGAAAUAAACGAAAAGAGAAAACACAAAUAUUGCACUAAAUUUUUACAUAUUCCAUCAGAUAUUCUGCAUACUUGAACAAUGGUUGUUAUAUACUCAUUUAAUCACAACUUUUUGGUAUUUUUGUAAGUGCAGGUUAUUGCGUUUCUUCGAUUUCGUUUUUAGAAAAGAGUAUAGAAGUCAUUUGCAAGCCUCUAUUAAGAAAUCUCAAUAGUUGUAUUUUUCUGUAUUGCCCCUAGAAAAUGGAAAUUUUUCGUGACAAUUGAAAACUAAUAAUAUAUUUCUGAUUAAAUUAUCAAGAGAGAUUAUUUUGCUGGACUUUCGUUUGUCAAUGCGGUACGGAUUACUUUGAUGCGACAUUGUACGAUUUUCAGUGUAUUUUACAAGAGAUAAAUACGUUGAAAAUUGAAGGCAACGCACCAAGUAACUGCGUCGUAUAGAUAAACACCUUUAAUUUUGUUCUUUUUUUGCGACAGCGGUAAGUAGCUUGUCAUAAACUAUUUUCCUCCACCUUAGCUACGCUUUAUAGUUGCUAAGAAAUCUGAUUUAGGCUUGUGAACAUUAGACAUGAGAAUUGGAAAGUUUCUCAGUAAUGUAAGUCGCUUUAUUAUAUACAAAUAUGAUACGCAAGAUGUUUCAAAGCAAAAGUAAAAAAGUGCUAAAUAUUGUAUUAGAUGCUAGAUAUUAGCCAUUAUAAAAUAAUCGGAGGAAUCGAUUUCCACUGGUUUGCUCGCGGCGCAAACCGAGAUUGGGUUUAUAAUUUUCAAUUGAACAUUUUCCACUAAUUUAUCCCGAAAAUUUCGUCAAGAGAUUUAUUGCAUUAAUAUGUCUUUAUUUCAUGUAAAUAAUAUCGGCUCAUGAUCUUAUUCAGAAAAUGUUUGGGGAAGUUAUUCGAUGUUUUUAAUAUUAGGGCACAUUCUAAUCUCUUUUUUGACUUGAAAUUCUAAUUCAUUAUUGUUUCUCUAUUCUGAUGUUAAUCAAAUUCUUCUUUUCGUCGUCUACAUUUUGUCUUCCUCAAAACGGAAUCUUUGCAUUUUUAUCGUCUAUAAAAUUGUUUGCCAUUUUAAUUGAGUUUAUAAGAUUUACGUAUUAAUGAAAAUUAAAUUUAAUAAAUUGAAAACAAACUGAUUAAAUUAUGUACUGGGAUAUUAUGUGUAAUAAGUGCGGAGAAGACAAUGUGUUUUUUUGAAUAUUAGCUCCAACCGCAUAUAUAGUAUACAAGAAGUAAUAUUUUUCAUCAUUUAGUUACAGUUUUUCAUUCAAUACAUAUACAUAUAUAUUUUAAAAUUAAGUAAAUAUAAUUAAUAUUUGAUAUGAUAAGAUGCAUAAUGAUUUUAUUUGGUUUUUGUCCCUCUCAUUGUCAUCAUUCAACAUAGAUUGCCCAGGAUACACAAAGAAAUAUGAUAUGUAGGAGUUCAAUGAAUAAAUUUGCGGAUUUUUUAUUAAC